AUGUUUUUUAUAUUAUUUUUGUUACCAUUCACAUUGCUUGUUUAUAACUACAUUAUCUAUCCGUUAUUUUUAAAUCCUUUAACUGCUUUACAUUUACCAGGCCCAUUUCAUUAUAAAUUAUCAAAGCUUUUCAUUCUCAAUAAAUUUAGAAAGGAACAAGGUAACUUGGCCAUAGAUGAUUUACAUAAAAAAUAUGGCCCAAUUGUACAAAUUGCACCAAAUCAUGUGUCAUUUAAUAACAUUGAAAUUUUAAAGAAAAUUUACUUGCAUGGCAAUUAUCCAAAGGAAUAUAGCAACAGCUCUUCCUCUUUUUCUCCUGAUAAGACUGGCUUUUAUUCCAAUUUUGGAAACUUUGGUGAGCGCAACUUGUUUAGUACGGGCAACAGUAAAAAACAUAUUACUUUGAAAAAAAAAUUAAGCAAAUUGUAUUCCAAAACAUUUGUUAUUAGUAAACAACAGGAUAUCCAGGAAAAAAUUAAUAAUGUUGUUGAAGUUAUCCUUGAAAAUAGAGGGGAGCCCAUAAAUGUUUAUUCGCUUUUUUCUUCGAUGGCAAUGGAUGUUGUAUCUGGAUUUGAGUUUGGUUAUGAGGGUGACAAUAGCACAGACUUUAUUAAAAAAUCGACUCACACUAGCGUCGGUGUUAACGGUCGAUUAGAAAGUCAAUAUAAUGUUUUUCAAAGCUUUAGAGAUUCGAGUAGUAUGUGGUUUUAUGUCACUUGUUUACCUUCAUUAUAUGAAAUUAUGUGUAAGAUAUCUGGAUUAGACAAAAGUAUUCAAUUGGGAAGGGACUGGAUCUGGGAACAUUUACAAAAAUGCAUCGAUAAUAAAAAUAAGAACGAAACAAAUAUGAUUAAUAGUUUACCUGAAUCGUAUACUUUGCCCCAAAUAGGUAGCGAAAUUGCUGAUCACAUUUUAGCUGGUCAUGAAACAACAGGGAUAACGUUAUCUUAUAUAUGUUGGGAAUUAUCUAGACCUUCUAAUAUUUAUUUACAACAAGAAUUAAUCAAGGAGUUGAAGGAAAAUGAAACAUUGUUCACUAUUGAAAAUAAGAUAAAUUAUGCUGAAAUUGACAAGUUACCGUUAUUGCAUGCCAUCAUACAGGAAGCGGGUAGGCUGCAUGCUGCCAUCCCAGGCAUUGAACCAAGAUUUGUUCCCAGUGACAAGCAAUUAAUUAUUAACGACGGUGCAAUUAUCAUUCCAAGUGGCACUAUGGUGUCUUGUCAACCAUACUCAAUCCAUCGUAACCCUAAGAUUUUUGAUCCUAGCGGAGAGUAUCAUGUCAAUAGUUUUUAUCCAGAACGUUGGUUGCAAUUUGAGAAUGAAACAGAGGCAGAAUAUCAAAAAAGGAUUAGAAAUAUGGAAAGAAAUAUGAUGAAUUUUGGUCAGGGGAAUAGAAUGUGCUUAGGAAUGCAUUUAGCUUUGAUUGAAAUGAAAGCUUGCCUAGCUUCAAUAUAUGGCACUAGCAACAAUGUUCAUUCCAAAAUUAGCCCUGAAUGGUGUCCUCAUAUAGCCAAUGAUUCUAAAGUUGCUAAAAUGGGUUACUCUGAUAUGCCCAUUAAUAGUAAAGCAAGCGAUAACUAUGAUAUAUAUCAUAAAUUAUCUGAUGUUGAUAAGAUGAGAAUGGCCGAUAGUUAUACUACCAGGCCUCUUUUUGAUGAGUGCUGGUUGACAUUUAAAUGA